GACUAAUGAGGAAUCCCAGAGAAUGGGGGAUACUCAGAGAAAGGGAAUCCCAGGUGGAUGGGGAUUCCCGGCGGGAUGAGGGAACCUUGGGGAUGGGGGAUCCAUGGGGGAGGAGAAAUCCCUGGGAAUGAGGGAUCUCCAGAGACGGGGGAUGCUCUCGGGGAUGGAGAAUCCCUGGGGAAUUUGGGAUCUCCGGGGAUGGAGGAUACUGGGACAUGUGGGGUUCCUGGGCAAUUUGGGAUCCCCAGGGGACUGUGGGAUCCUUCGGGAAUUUGGGACUCUCGGGAAAUUUGGGAUCCCCUGGGGAAUUUGGGAUCCCUGAGGAAUUUAGGAUAGCCGGGGAUGGAGGAUCCCGGGAUCUGUGGGAUCCUUGGUGAUGUGGGACCCCGGGGAAUUUGGGACCCCCGGGGAAUUUGGGAUCGCCGGGGAUGAAGGAUCCCGGGGUUUGUGGGAUCCUUGGGGCUGUAGGACCCUCGGGGAGAUUCCCCCUGGGGAAUUUGGGACCCCCGGGAAAUUUGGGAUCCCCGAGGGGGCCGAGCCGGACCCCGGGCGGAGGGGCGGAGUCACUGGUGAUGGGCGGAGCCUGAAAGUGACCACGCCCAUUUCCAUAAAAGGCUCCGCCUCUCUCUGUGGCGCCCCCGCCGCUCCGCCAGGGGGCGCCCCACGCCUCUCCCGCCUUCCCCGGCGCGCGGCGUCCCUCCGGUUGCCACAGCAACGCGGGCGCGCGGGCGCAGCACGAUGACGCAGCGCGCACGGCGCGGUGACGCAGCGCGCACGCCGCGGGGGAGGGGCCGCCUCCUCUUUCCCUUUUUUUUUUUCCCCCCGUUUCUUUCCCCGUUUUUCCCCGUUCCGCUCACCCGCCCCUCCCCCUCCCCCGUGCUGCCCCCCCGCCGCCCCGCCUGCGCUGGCCCAGCCCCGGCCCGGCCCGGGGUGGCGGCGGCGGCCCCGCGGCGCAGGGCCCGGCCCGGCGCGGCCCGGUGCCCCUCUCUGCGCCGCAGGACUCUGAAGAUGUCCAACAGCAGCACAGCGCAGGAGUCCCUGGAAAUUAUGAAGGAAUCAGAAAAAAAAGUGCUUGAGGAAUCUGUGAACAAAACCAAAUAUGUGUCCAGGUCACCCAGCAAGGAGGAGGAGAAGGAGGGAGGGGAGGAGCUCAGCGUGCGCCAGGAGUCCCAGAAGCGAACGUCGAGCCACGGCCACGCCAGGAAAAGAGCCAAGUCUAACUCAAAGCUCAAACUGGUCAGGAGUUUGGCUGUGUGUGAGGAAUCCUCGGGUCCCUUUGUGGAUGGGCUGCUGGAGUCUCAGGACAUCAUCCAGCUGCAUGUGAGCUGCCCCUCGGACAAGGAGGAGGAGAAAUCCACAAAAGAUGGGGUGGAGAAAGAGGAAAAGGAGAAGAAUAAAGAAAAAACCCCAAGGAAGAUGCUGUCUCGAGAUUCCAGCCAGGAAUACACAGACUCCACUGGAAUAGAUUUACAUGAAUUUUUAGUAAAUACACUGAAAAAAAACCCACGGGAUAGAAUGAUGCUGCUGAAGUUGGAACAGGAGAUUCUGGAGUUCAUCAGUGAUAACAACAACCAGUUCAAGAAGUUCCCCCAGAUGACCUCGUACCACCGGAUGCUGCUGCACCGGGUCGCUGCUUAUUUUGGGAUGGAUCACAACGUGGAUCAGACUGGCAAGGCUGUGAUCAUCAACAAGACCAGUAACACACGAAUCCCUGAGCAGAGAUUCUCUGAGCACAUCAAGGAUGAGAAGAAUGCAGAAUUCCCCCAGAGGUUUAUCCUGAAACGAGAUGACACCAGCAUGGAUCGGGAUGAUAACCAGAUCAGACUCCCCUUGCAGGAUGGGAGGAGGAGCAAAUCCAUAGAAGAGCGGGAGGAGGAGUACCAGCGGGUCAGGGAGCGGAUUUUUGCACGAGAGGCUGGCCAGAAUGGAUUCCUCACAGACAGCAGGGGCCCCAGGGAGGGGCUGAGAGCCCCGGGCAGCCGCCAGAGCAGCACUGAGAGCGAGCUGAAGGCGCUGGAGCCGCGGCCCUGGAGCAGCACGGACUCGGAGGGCUCCAGCCGCAGCCUGAGGCCACCUGUCACCAAGGCCAGCAGCUUCAGUGGCAUCUCCAUCCUCACCAGGGGGGACAGCAUCGGCAGCAGCAAGGGCAGCACGGCCAGCAGGGGCUCUCGGGCAGGUUUGGUGCUGGGUGCCCCUGAGGCUUGCAGCCAGCCCCCAUCCUCGCAGCCCAGCCGUGGCCUCCUGCCCUGCUCGGCCCCACAGCCGCCCCCCCAGGCCCCUGGGCUGCCCCCAGCCCAGCAGCAGCCAGCCAUGAGCAGCCCCAUCAUGUCCCAGCCGCUCCCGGCGCUCCAGCCCGUUCCGUACUCUCCAAGCUCCUGCCCCCAAGUCCUCUUGCCAGUCUCUCCACCCCAGCAGUACAACCUGGCCGACGAGCUCAGCAGCCCCUUUGGGCAGAUCAGCCUCAGCAGGCAGGGCUCCACCGAGGCUCCAGAUCCCUCCUCGGCGAUGUUCCAGUCGUCCCUCAUCUCCCAGCACCCUCAGCAGCCAGGAUUCAUCAUGGCGAGCCCUGGGCAGCCCAUCCCCACCUCCAGCUACUCGGCCUCGGGGCACACGGCCCCCACCCAGCAGGUGCUGCAGCCCCAGGGCUACAUUCAGCCUCCCCAGCAAAUUCAGGUUUCUUACUUCCCCCCCGGGCAGUACCCGAGCUCCAGCCAGCAAUACCGACCCCUCAGUCACCCAGUGGCCUACAGCUCCCAGCGCCCCCAGCAGCUCCCCCAGCAGUCCCAGCAGCCAGGUUUACAGCCAAUGAUGUCCAACCAGCAGCAAACAUACCAAGGUGUGGUGGGGGUGCAGCAGGCACAGCCCCCCGGGCUCCUCAACAGCCAGAGGAACAACAUGGGGGGCCAGCUGCAGAACGUGAUGGGGGUGCAGCAGGCACAGCCCCCCGGGCUCCUCAGCAACCAGAGGAACAACAUGGGGGGCCAGAUGCAAGGUCUGAUGGUCCAGUACACACCACUGCCUUCCUACCAGGUUCCCAUGGCCAGUGAGUCCCAGAACGUGGUCCAGCAGCCCUUCCAGCAGCCUGUGCUUGUGCCAGCCAGCCAGUCUGUGCAGGGGGGGCUCCAGGCUGGAGGGGUCCCCAUCUACUACAGUGUCAUCCCCACUGCCCAGCAGAAUGGCACCAGCCCAUCCGUGGGGUUCCUGCAGCCUCCUGGCUCUGAGCAGUACCAGAUGCCACAGUCCCCAGCACCCUGCAGCCCCCCCCAGAUGCAGCAGCAGUAUUCAGGGGUGUCCCCCUCAGGCCCUGGUGUGGUGGUGAUGCAGCUGAAUGUCCCCAACGGCCCCCAGGCCCCCCAGAACCCCCCCGUGGUGCAGUGGAGCCACUGUAAGUACUACAGCCUGGAGCAGCGGGGGCAGAAACCAGGAGAGCUCUACAGCCCUGACAGCAGUGCUCAGGCCAGCACUCAGCUGAGCAGCCCCAUCACGUCCCCCACGCAGUCCCCGACGCCGUCGCCCAUCACCAACCUGAGCAGCGUGUGCCCGGGGCUGAGCCCCCUCCCCGUCCUCACACAGUUCCCCCGGCCCAUGGGGCCAGCACAAGGUGACGGCAGGUACUCGCUGCUGGGCCAACCUCUGCAGUACAACCUGUCCCUGUGUCCCCCACCUCUGCUGCACAACCAGCCCAGCUACACAGGACACCAGGGCCAGGCUGGAAUGAAACACGGCAACAGGAGCAAGAGACAAGCCCUGAAAUCAGCGUCCACCGACCUGGGGACAAGUGACGUAGUGCUGGGCCGGGUGCUGGAGGUGACAGACCUGCCCGAGGGCAUCACACGGACAGAGGCUGACAAGCUCUUCACCCAGCUCGCCAUGGCCGGUGCCAAAAUCCAGUGGCUCAAAGAGACUCAGGGGCGCCGCGGGGACGGGGGCGGCGGCGGGGACAACAGCGGGAGCGCCGAGAACGGCCGGCACGGCGACCUGGCUGCCUUAUACACCAUCGUGGCCGUGUUCCCCAGCCCCCUGGCGGCCCAGAACGCCUCCCUCCGCCUCAACAACUCCCUCAGCCGCUUCAAGCUGCGCGUGGCCAAAAAGAACUACGACCUGCGGGUGCUGGAGCGGGCCAGCUCCCAGUAGGGCUCCCGUGGCAUCCCCCGGGCCUCCUCUCCUCCCACCUUCCCUUCCUCUCACCCUCCUUCCUUGAUAUAUUUAUAUGAACAUAAUUAAGAGACGAGAAGUUGAUUUUUUUUUUUUUUUUUAAUUAUUAUUAUUUUUUUGGAGUGACUCCCGUGCCCGCCCCCCCUGCCCUGUGUCUCUGGUUUUGUUUAAGCACUGUGUUGGACCGCACAUACAGGUGUUGAUUGGUAUGUUCACUGCACAUUUUAUUUAAUCGGAUUAUUAUUUUGCUGGGGGGGGGGAGUGGGGAGGGGAAUUUUUUUGUUUUGUUUUGUUUUAUUUUAUUUGGGGGGUU